GUCGAUCGGAGUAUUUUGCAUUACCAUAGUCCAUGCUUAAUUUUUCCAUAAAAUUUUCUAUUAUUAUUUUAACAUUUGAAAUGGUAUUGCAAAUAAGGAUGCUGACAUUGAUAUUAUUUUACUGAUAACUGNUAAAAUUCUUUAGCCCUUUUACAAUUUUAUUGGGUCUCUUUUUUUUUUUAAGAAAAAGAGGUGAUGUCGAUUCUUGAGCGCGAUGGGAUUGACGGGCUGAUGUUUUCGGACAAUGGUACUAAAACGAAUUUUGAGAAGAUUAUUAUUGAUACUGAUCCUGGCAUUGAUGAUAGCAUCGCAAUACUAAUGGCAUUUCAGUCACCUGAUUUGGAGAUAUUAGGAUUAACAACAACAUUUGGCAAUGUUACUACAGAAGCUGCCACGCGUAAUGCAUUGAUUCUGUGUGAGCUUGCUGGACGUCCAGAUGUGCCCGUGGCAGAGGGAAAUCCUGAACCAUUGAAGAGAGGACCACCACGUAUUGCAGACUUUGUUCACGGCUCAAAUGGAUUGGGGAAUAUCUCCAUUUCUCCUCCAAAAUCCAAGAAAUCCGAAAAAUCGGCAUCUGAAUUUUUGGUUGAUAAAAUCUCUGAAUAUCCCGGUGAAGUUUCUAUACUUGCAUUGGGACCCCUUACAAAUCUCGCGCUCGCUAUAAAGAGAGACUCCUCCUUUGCAUGCAAAGUGAAGAGAAUUGUGAUACUUGGCGGGGCUUUCUUUGCUUUGGGAAAUGUUAAUCCUGCUGCCGAAGCAAAUAUAUAUGGAGACCCAGAAGCUGCAGAUAUUGUGUUCACUUCGGGGGCAAAUAUCGACGUUAUUGGCAUAAAUAUCACAACCCAAGUCAAAAUGACAGAUGUGCACCUAGACGAGCUCAAGAAAUCAAAAGGACGGUACGCGAAGUUCAUAUGUGAUAUUUGCAAGUUUUAUCGAGACUGGCAUGUGAAGUCCGAUGGCAUAUAUGGAAUUUUUCUUCACGAUCCUGUGAGUUUUGUGGCGCUAGUGAGACCCGAUUUAUUUACUUUUAAGAAAGGAGUUGUUAGGGUUGAGACACAGGGCAUUUGUGUCGGGCAUACACUUAUGGACCAAGGAUUGAAGAAAUGGAACUCAAACAAUCCAUGGUCAGGCUUUUCUCCAGUUUCAGUAGCUUGGACAGUUGAUUCUCAAGAAGUACUUAAAUAUGUGAAUGAGAUUUUAAUGAAGCCCUGAUGCUAAUUAAUUAUGAUUUAAAAAAAAAAAAAAAAAAAAAAAACUGUGGAAAUUUGUGAAAUUGAUUUCUUAUGAUUGGAACAUCAUUUGGACAUUUUCCAUGUAACUGAAUCAGUUCUAUGGAAUAUGUUGGUAAUUAUUCAACACUUUCUUAAUUACUUUCAUGUUCUUGGGAUGCUUGAUUCAUCACAGUUGUGUUUGUUUGUGAAGAAAAAUGGGACAAGUUCAGUUCCAUUAACAAAUU